AUGGAGGCAUCUCCUGAGAUGCCAGUGCCCACGGAGAUGCCCUCGGAUGAGGAGGACGAGGGACCGGAGGAAGGAGAGACGGUGGAGGCUCCAACGGCACCUCAGGACAGCGCGGUCUACUCCGCGCCGCCCCUCUCGUCCCCCACAGAGCUACCGGUGCCCACGGAGAUGCCAUCCCCUGGAGUACCAGGAUCGGCGACGCCGGAGCCCACAGUGGCGGUGCCUCAAUUCGUCCAGGAUCCCACAGAGCCGGCUGUCACCAGCAGCGCGGAGCGCACCAUGACGGCGCCUUCAGCGCCUUCGGGGCUCAGCACUCAUCCGAGCUUGGCGCCGACCUCCCCCGCAGACCUGCCGGUGCCCACCCAGAGGCCAUCCCCGAGCUCCAUGCGCUUCGAGGAGGCGGAUGGGCGCUUGUGGGACAUCCAGCGCCUGGAUGAUGUGAGUUUCGGAACCAUCGUGCAGGCCGCGGGCUCGGCGGCGGGGAGCUUCGCGAAGCGGCGGCCCGUGGGCGUCUCGCUCUGGGCGCUGGGCUUGUUGCUGGCCUCCUUCGCCAAGGGCUUCACGGUGGACCAGGUCACCGAGGAGACCUACUUCCUAGGCGUCAGGGACGCGCAGAAGGUGCGAGACUCGGAGCUGAGCAAAGCCCUGCACGCCUUGGACAGGGCGGAGAGGACCUACUACAACUCCAAGGGCUGGUUCUGGCAGUGCGACCAGCGCUGCAUGCAGAACUAUGACAAGUAUCAGAUGGCAAAGGAAGACACUGAUCGAGUCCAGCGCAAGGUGGACAAGAUCAUGCAAGAUGCCAGGCAAGAGGUGGGCAUCUGGUCCUCCUUUGGCGUCCAAGAGGUGAGAGGCAAGUUUUGGGCUGCGUGGCAGUCUGGCAAAGACCUAGCGAUGAGAUACACGAUGAUGGAUGCCGUGUUCAUGAUGAUAGGCGGCAAGGAGGAGACACUCGUCUCCGUUCUCCUCAAGCUGGCCUUUCAAUAUGCGGUAAACUUGACCGUCGGCUUGGUCUCGGCGUUCUUCUUCUUUAUGUAUCAUGUGUACUCCCUCCUGGUGAAUUAUGGGGAGCCCAUGAUGUCUGGUCUCGCCUUCUUCCUGCUGGUUCUGGUGGCUGCAGCGUCUCUGAUCGGCACCUACCUGAUAACCAUGUACGGCGUGGUGGCGGGCGGCGGGUUUUGGGUCCUGAAGCAGGCCGCGAAGCACGAGGCGCUGAAUGAAGGGCGUACAGAAGGCCUCACUACGAGUGAGCGGAGCCAAAGAAGGGAGCGAGGAGAGGCGCAGGCGAUAGAAAGCUCGGCCACGAAGCCAGGCCUGAGCGCCUCAGCGCCGGUUUCGCCCAGCGAGGUGGCCGUGCCCACCCAGCUGCCUUCCCCGACCAUGCGAGAAGAGGAGAUCGAGGUGGACACCGCAACAGUCUCCGCAAGAGAUGGGACGGUGCCGCGCUUGAAGCCGCCGUCCUCCCCGGCCGACCUGCCGGUGCCGACCCAGAUGGCAUCUCCCACUUCGCUCCAGUCGGACGAAGAAGAGGAGGAGGCCACAUUGGCGGCGGCCACUCAAGAGCCCACAGCGGUGGAAUCCGCAGGCCUCGUGAGCGGAUCCAUGGCUUCGCCCAGCGAGAUGGCAGUGCCCACCUUUGUGCCGUCACCGGAGGAAGAGGAUGCCCCGGACCUCAUGCCUGAGCCCACCACGGUGCCAGUUCCGCGGCACGCGGACAAGUACUCUUCGGCGCUGCUCUCCAGCAGCGUGCAGGAUGAGGAAGCGUCGCCCACGGAGAUGCCGGUUCCCACGGAGCUGCCCUCGCCUACCUCUCCGGCUGACGAGGAGGGAGAGACGAUUGCCACGGCGUCUCUGCCUACGGCGUCCUUAAGGCGGCCUGCGCGCGAAGUGCAGGCGGGGCGCAUGAAUCUCAGGAUGGCCUUCUCUGCCCUGUCACCUUCGGCCUUCUCGCGCCAUGCAAAUUGGCUGGUGCCUGGGCAACUGAUGGUGGGCCGGUACCCAUACGUCAAUCCGGUGUACUGUGACCAGCUGGAGGAGGCUGAAGCACACUUGGCAGCGCUCUUGGAGGAGGCAAAGGUGAGCACCUUCGUGUGCCUGCAGUCGGAGCUGCCAGACCAAGUCGCAGGCGAUUGGCCCGCGCGGGGCGUGCCCGUCCCCGGCUUCCCCGGCCGAUUCCUGCGCUACGCGGACGCAGCCCGGCAGGUGGCGAAGACGGAGCUGUGCUUCCUGCACGCACCGGUGCCGGAUUUGAGCACGCCGCAAGUGUCAGCUCUGCGGGGUCUUCUGGAUGACCUCAAGACAAGGAUUGACAGAGGCGAGGUGGUGUACCUCCAUUGCUGGGGAGGCCGUGGUCGCAGUGGCGUGGUGGGCGCGUGCUUGCUGGGCCACAUGUUUCCGAAGCUGACAGGGGAGGAGUCUCUGCGUUUGGUGCAAGAGGGCUAUACCAGCAGAGGCGAUCCACUGGACAGCGGGACCUUCGCUCGAUCCCCUCAGACCGAGGCGUAUUUGCCCACGUUUGCCUUCCAAACAGGAGACGCCUCUGCCGUUGCAGAGUGCAAUGCCUUGGCCCUGGAGCCUGCAAGUAGCCAACUGGACGACGACUCCCCGUCGGAGAUGCCGGUACCGACAGAGCAGCCAUCGCCAACGUCCCCGGCAGAUGAAGAUGAGGACGACAUCGACGAGCUUCCUGCGGUCCCGAUCUCAGCCAUGUCAGAGGCAAGCUCGGUUCCGGUGCCCACGCUGGUGCCCACGCAGACAGCGACCUCCAUUUCCACAGCCUCUGCGGGAGGGGUGCCGACGAUCGUGGAGGAGGCGCCUCCCUUGAUGGAGAGCGCUUUGCUACCGCCAGACUCCGCCUUUUCGGUGUCCCCGGAUGAUGUCGCUGUCCCGACGGACGUACCUUCCCCCACGUCGCUGGCGCUGGAGUGCGAGGCAUUCGAGGAGGAGAUGUUGGCGCCCAACCUCGCGGAUCUCGAGGAGACCGCGGCGGCCCUGUGCGACGCGGACUACCCGCCUCCGAUGCCCGAGUCUGCCCCAGUAUCGUCUGCACCCAUGAGCUCGCCCUCUGCGCCGCCCUCGCCGCAGCUCUUGGUGCCGACGGAGCGACCCUCGCCCACCAGCUGGGCUGCGGCCAACGAGGUAGCGAAGGCUCCCACGGUGCCGACGGCUCAGCCGACCUCCCCGGCCGAGCUCCCAGUGCCCUCCAAGCACCAAACCUCACCCACAGAGGUGGAGGAGGCGCCCACGGAAUCGGUGCCGCUGCCAACGCGGCCGGUGGAAACCCUCCACUCCGAGCCGCCCACCCUGCCCUCGGCGUUGCCGGCCAGCGCGCGGAUGGUGUCCCCGGCGGAUCCGCCGGUGCCCACGGAGAUGCCAUCGCCCAGCGAGCGGCGCGAGGAGACGGAGGAUGUGGCAUCCGCGCCUACUGGGCCCUCGGUCACAGCAGGGCCGGCGACUCUCACGCAAGUGCGCCCAAGUUCCCCCAGUGAGCUCCCGGUGCCAUCGGAGAGGAAGAGGAAAGCUGAAGAGAUCGAGCAGGAGGAGGAUGUGCAGCCACUGGAGGUGGUUCCUCGAUUUCAGCCGGGUUCCGGCUACGACUACGGAUUCAGCUACGGGGGCUCGAGUGGUUCUGGAUAUGGCAAGGGCUACAAAGGCGAUGGAAAAGGCUACAAAGGCGCUGGCAAGGAUUACAAAGGCGCUGGCAAGGAUUACAAAGGCUUUGGCAAGGACUACAAAGGCGAUGGGAAGGGCUACAAAGGCUACAAAGGCGCUGGCAAGGAUUACAAAGGCGCUGGCAAGGAUUUCAAAGGCGCUGGCAAGGAUUUCAAAGGUGCUGGCAAGGACUACAAGGGCGAUGGCAAGGGCUUCAAAGGUGCUGGCAAGGACUAUGGCAAAAGCUACGGCAAGGACGACGCUCCUGUCUCCUUCCCGCCAGUGGUACGCCGCAGACUUGAGGGCCAGCGCCCCUCACCUAGCGAGCUGCCGGUGCCGACGGAUAAGCCUUCCCCCACCUCCCCCGCGCGGCGGCCAGAGGAGGCGCCGUCGCGGUUGCCUCCGGCGCCGCCCCCACCACCCAAGAGGGCGCAACAGGCCAAGUCCCCCAGCGAGCUGCCGGUGCCCACGGACAAGCCGAGCCCCACGUCACCGGCGCGAGAGGCACACACCGACACUGAGACUCGUCAAGAGACACAGCCCACGCGGGACGAGGUGCCCACCAGAAUGUCCAAAGUCGAGGAGGUGCCUGUGGCCCAGCAGUCGGCCGCGCUCUCGGCGAUGUCCGCGAUGAUGUCCGCGGCGAGCAGUGAGUUGCAUCAGUCCCCCACGGAAAUGCCGGUACCAACGGAAGUGCCAUCUCCAACAUCGCCUGCAGAGGAGGAGGCGGCCACCAUUACGUGCGCCGCGCCGGCGACCGUCGCCUCUGUGCCCACCCGCAGCCCGGCCGUCGAGCCGGAGGUGCAAGUGCCGCCAGAGUCCGCCAUGCACUCCUCAGGUCUGGAAUCCAGCAGCGCUCCGGUGGCGAGUCCAACGGAAAUGCCGGUACCGACUGAUGUGUCGCCGACCACCAUUGGGGAGGACGACGAGCAGGAGCCUACGGUCACCGUCCCCACGGCCCUACCGGAGCCCACGAUCCCCACAGUGCCGCCUCCCGGCAUGGAGGUGGACGGCUCCGCCAUGGCCUCGGCAGGUUACACAUCUGCUCCUCCUGCCUCGCCAGAGGAGAUGCCGGUGCCCACUGAGCUGCCUUCGCCCACCUCUCCAGCAGACGCUGUGGAGCACCCGGAGGAUGCAGAUCUGGAGGUUCCCUCAGAGCCGCGCUCGCGCAAGAGCGCAGCGCUGCCCUCCCCAGAGCUGGUGCCGGCAGUACAGUCAUCCGCGAUGCACUUGUCCUCGUCAGCCAUGAUGAGCAGCUCGGUGCCGCAGCCGCAUUCGCCCACGGAGAUGCCGGUGCCUACGGAGCUGCCGUCCCCCACUUCCCCGGGGCCCGAGGGCGACGUGCGUACUGGCACUGUAGCCACUGCCUCCCAGCCUCGGACAGUGCCGACUGUGGUCCCUGAGGUGCCGGUUUCUGGCAUGUUUCCAUCAUCAGGAGGCUUGGACAGCAGCGCGCCGGUGUCCCCCGGCGAAGUGGCAGUGCCUACUGAGCUGCCGUCCCCUACCUCACUGGGCGCUCAGAGCGAGGAAGAGAAUGCGACCAUGCUGCCACUGCCCACGGAGUCGCUUCCCACGCAGCCAACGGCAACCUUCCCCACGAUCCAGAUCCACACCAGAGAGGAGCCGACAGAUCUCCCCAUCUUUGCUGCGCGGCUGACUGCCGCCACUGCCCGGGCACAGGUGUCCGACCUCCCGCCGAGAGGUCCGCGAGUCAAGUCGCCCACGGAGAUGCCGGUGCCCAGCGAUUUACAGUCGCCCAGGAAGCCACCGGUGAGCGCCGUGUUUCCGGAUAGUGCUGAGCGCAUGCCUUCACCCACCGAGAUGCCAGUGCCCACUGACAUGCCUUCGCCCACGUCUCCCGCAGACGUGCCGGAGCCGGAGGACUUCCCCACGGACGAGCUGCAGCCGCCGCAGGCGCCGCAGGACACACCCAUGCCGCGGGAUAGCGCUUUGCUCAGCUCGUCAGCACGGGCACGCUCGCCUUCAGAGAUGCCUGUGCCAACAGAGCAGCCACAUGCAACGUCGCCGGCAGAUCAGGAUGGAUUCGAUUUGCCCGUCGAGGAAGAGGUGGAGUCCGCCCGUGCUGAAACUGAGCCUGGUGAAGAGGAUGUACCUGUGCCCCAGGGCACCUUCACCGUGCCGACUCUUCCUCCGCCGGAAACCCGAACGACGGCUUGGCGCCCGGGCCAGGGCCUGCUGUUGCUGCAGAGGAGGCGCGCAGCGACGUGA